AUGGGCACGCUAGCAGCUAGUCACGUGGGUUCGCAUUGUUCUGAGCAGCGCCAAGACCAAGCAUGGAACUGGCGAAGAGAACUUCGUACAAAAUCAGAUACCUUCUCGGGAACAGAUCAAAGAAUCUGCCCAAAGGAAUUAAAGGAAUCAAACGAGCACGAGUACGAAGUCCGCGUUCUGGCUGGUCCAUUACUCCUUACUCGUACUGUUUGCUCGCUCGGCUCUAUCGCUGCUCAGCCUCGCUCUCGUGAGAGCUUUUCCACUGCCAGGUGGAUCAUCAGUCAACAACACUCCGUAGCUCCGAAAUCCCAUAAUCUAGGCCUUUACAUCCACAGCGGUGAAGCUGGUACCUGUUGCCCAGCUAGAGGGGCGGAGGGGAAAAGGGGUACCGAGCUCUGCACACUUGACUCCUGCGGAUUGUACAGAGUACAAAGGAGUCGUCGUGGCAUUGCGGCUUUGCGGGAUGAAGGCUUUGACAUACUUGACAAACAACAGGAUCUCGUGCAUCCGUAUGGCGUCCACUGUGGCCAAGCUGAACUGAGUCCGUCGUUGUGUCAGGAGAGAACACCCAUUAUGAUGCUGCGGCCUCAACAAGCACUGUUCAACACCUCCAAACCACACCCGUCUCGGACACCUGAUCCUCCGCAGAUCUGGGAUCCUCCGCAUUCCCCAGAUCUGCGUGCAUCGUGGCGUCGGUCGUCUGACUUGGCUGGUUCCAGCGUCGCGGCAGCGCACGCGGCAGUCGGAGAAGAUCCAUCUGGAACCAAAGGAACCUUACACAGCGUCAGAAAGAGAGAAAUCGAGGCGCAGUCUCGCCAAGCGCCGCCCGCAGCCGCUAAAGCCGUCGGAUCCCAGGGUCUGGCUGUUCGCAGGCAACGUCACUUGGUCUGCUUCAACAACACAAACAGCAUCAAACGUCGGCCAUUCUACUACAUCCGCAAGCUAAACGCUGAAGAAGAGAGUUCCCUCUGCGAGGCCACCUCUCAUCUAUCUACACAUCCCACAACCACAACCACAACCACAUACGCACCCCAAGAAACAGCAAGAAUGUCCCAAGGAAGUUCCCCCUCCUCAUCGCGGUCCGGCUCCCGUUCACGCCCAAAAUCGCCCUUGUCCAUAGACCUCUCCUGCAUUCCCCCACUGGUACAGCCCACGCCGCCUUCGAACACCCUCAUCAUCACCAACCUGCAAGACCCAGCAGUCUUCCACCCCGAAAACAUCCAGAUCCUCAAAGACCUCAUCAACGGCGCAGCACCCAUCCACUCCUGGGCGCCCCUCCGGUCCUUUAGCCGCAUAAUAGUCUCCUUCUUCGAAGAGCAGUCCGCCAUCCGUGUCCGCCAGAUCCUCGACGGCGAGACUAUAUUAGGCCAGCGCGUCAAAAUCUACUUUGGCCACCAAACACCCAUCGAGCCGAAAGACGAGCAUCUCCACCUCCCCGACGCCGGAAAGCUAUUCUUCAUCUCCCCCCCGCCUUCGCCGCCCCAUGGAUGGGAAGUCAAGAUGGAGGACGCACCAAACAAGCAAGUCCAUGCUGAAGACCUGGCAGAGGCACUGGCAAAGCUACAUCACCGCCCAAACCCCAACUUACCCGCGAGUCCGAUCAGUGACGGAGAGCAAGAGGGCAGAACACGUAGCGGAUCCACGACGAUAUACGACCCGAGCGAUCACGGAUGCAGCCCAAAUCUCCCCGCCAUAUCGGUAUCAGUAAUGGGAGAGGAGGAGAUCAGUCCCUUGACUGCCGAGAAGCCUCUAUUGGCACAUACUGCAAGACCACCUGUGGAAUUGAUGGAGACAUAA